CGCACGUCACUGCCAAACUAGUUGUCAGUUGUCGGUCGGCGACGACAGGUGUGUGUCGUGUUUGUGAAAAGUGCGCGGAGCUCCGACAAUGGCUCUGCUCAGAAGAUUGGCCAUCACAACCCCAAGCAAUGUACGCGUCUUGUCCAGCUCACCGAAUAGAAUCCGAGACGAACUCGACCUCAACUUUAAUAGCCCCAAAGAUGCGUUCAAGAGUAAGAAGACCAGCGAACUGGUGCGGGCGUAUUUAGUCUACCAGAUUUGCUCGGUGAAUUGGGUCGUGGAGAACAACGAUAUGUUGAUGAAGAGACUCCGUCAAGUGGUGGGCAAGAAGAUCUUCGAAGCCAUCAUGAAGGCCACGUUUUAUGGGCAGUUCGUCGCCGGCGAGGACCCGGUCAAGAUCAGGCCGACCGUCGAGAGGUUGCGGUCUUUCGGCGUGAAAUCCAUCCUCGAUUACUCCGUGGAAGAGGACCUUUCCCAGGAGGAGGCCGAGAAGAGAGAAGUCAGUGCUUCCACCUCCUCGUGCGGAGACAAAAAGGAGGAGGGCUCCCUGAAACAGUUCACCGUUGAGAAGAAGUUCGCCGACCGACGGUACAAGGUCAACAGCGCCAGGACAUACUUCUACAUUAACGAGGCAUCCUGCGAAAAGAAUCUGGAAGCGUUCUUGGUCAGCAUCGACGCAGUGGCGAACGUAACCAAGAGUACGGGUCUGAUGGCCGUGAAACUCACAGCUCUUGGCAGACCACAAUUGUUGUUGCAACUGUCCGAGGUGAUCAUGCGAGCUCGCAACUACAUGCAGCAGAUGGGCGGCGGUACCGGCAACGUGCUCACGCAUCACAAAACCAUCGAGGACUUCCAGCGGUACUUCGGCGAUAACAAGAACAAGCCAGAGGUGCAGGAGUUCUUGAACAAGAUCACAUCUGAUAAAGAGGGUAUCGUCCACCUGUUCCCCUGGUCCAACAUCCUGGACAAGGACAUGAACCUGUCGGACUCGUUCCGCGUGCCCGACCCCAAGACCGGCCAGAUGCGCAGGCUCAUCUCGCAGAUAUCGCCCAAGGAGGAGGAGAUGUUCAGGAACAUGCUCCGGAGGCUGAACCACAUCAUUCAGGUGGCAAAUGAAAAGGACGUGAGGAUAAUGAUUGACGCCGAACAGACAUACUUCCAGCCGGCCAUAUCCAGGAUCUGUCUUGAAAUGAUGAGGAGAUACAACAAAGAUAAGUUCCUAGUGUUCAACACGUACCAGACCUACCUCAAGAACACGUACAACGAGAUCGUCACGGAUUUGGAGCAGGCGCAGCGGCAGAACUUCUACUGGGGGGCCAAGUGCGUGCGCGGCGCUUAUAUUGAGCAGGAGCGCGCCCGAGCCGCCGCCAUGGGCUACGAAGACCCCACGUGUGAGAACGUGGACGCCACAACCGCCUCUUACCACAAAUGUCUCAAAGAGAUUCUCAGCAGGGCCAAGACCGGCCCGAAUCAAGGCCGUGUCGGCAUAAUGGUGGCGUCUCACAACGAGAACACUGUCCGCUACGCCAUACAGCUGAUGAAGGAGCACGGCAUCAAACCCGACGACAAGGUGGUCUGCUUCGGACAACUGCUGGGAAUGUGCGACCACAUCACCUUCCCGCUGGGGCAAGCCGGCUACUCGGCCUACAAAUACGUGCCAUACGGCCCCGUGGUGGAGGUCCUGCCCUACCUGUCGCGGAGGGCGAACGAGAACCGAGGCUUCCUCGUCAAAAUCAAGAAGGAGAAGGGCCUCCUUCUCAAGGAAAUAUUCCGCCGCAUAUUCUCCGGCCAAAUGUUCUACAAACCCGAUGGCAAGUACACUCCCGUGUAAAUAAAACACUGUUUGUUAUAUUAGUCUAAUUUAAUAGUGAGCUAUGAGAAUGUGUAAGUCAAUUUUCGUUCGUACAACAAGUCCAGUUGGCAACCGCCGCUUGGUACGCGGCGGCUGUAAUCGAUUGCCACUAUGUUGCCGGCCGACAAACAACUCGAUUGAUAUCGAUUAUUAGACUUGCGUUUUGUUAUCUCGAAUGCCAUGAAUGAAAUUGCGGUAUAGGAUUGAAUUAUUAAAUCUAUACAGUAUUUAGCGCUUUUACAGUAUUCUGUUUUUAAAUUAACGCUUAUUUCCGUAGUUCGAUAUGUUGAGGAAGUUGUAACGCGUUGUGUAAUUAGAGGGUAAAUUUUGAAAAGUCAUGCAUUUGUACGUGCAUCUUCUGUGUAAUAUAAUCGGUUACUUAAUUGCAGGGUAUUAAUUAAACAAUUUGUGCAGUUUGUUUUACUUUAUAUCUUUGUACUUACGAUUUGUAAGCGCGAUUAUGAUGGGCUAAAACUGUACAUAUUGUUUAAUUCAAUGUAUCUACCAAUGAAAUGUAACAGCGUUUUACACGAACUUGGCUUUAUUACUGCCGUGCACUCCUUUGAUGUAAAUAGUAACAAUAUUAUUAUUUAUUUUAAGACAAUAAUAUAUCUAUAUAUAAUUGCGUUAGAGUUUUCUUAAAUAAAAUGAUAACGGAAUUUGGAAUUAAUGGAUACUCUUUCAAAAAUGGUCCGGGUGUAUGAAUUAUUUACAUGUGGAUAGAAUACCUAUUGUUAUAUUAUAGGUGCAAGAAUUACGGCAACUUAAAAUGCAUUUCUGUCAGUUUUUAAAAAGUGUUUACUAUGUUUUGUUAUAUUAAACUUGUUUAUAUGUUUUCAAAAUAGGGUUAUUUCAGUGUAAGUUGAAACUUUUCUUAUUCUAAUACUAGUCAAGUCUUUUAUAAAUAAAACUGAUAAAUCUGUUAAUAAAUACGAAUUUUAGUGGUGAUAAACAGACAUAAAAUCUUUACUAAGUUAUUUGCUCAUAAUAUUCGAAUCUCAUGUAUAGGUUUUUCAUGGGUUUAAGACGUACGAGAAUAAAACCCAGUGACUCAGUUCCUUUGCCGCAAAAUUUAUAUUUAUCUAUUAUAGUUUAAUAAUUAUGAUCAAAAUAUGGAUUAAAUAAUUUCAUGUGACCCUGUAUUUAUUUUUAUAUUAGAAAAUUAGCUGAUAUGACCCUAUUAAAUAUUAUUUAUUAAUUUUAUGUGAACCUCCUAUUAGCUUUCACUGGAUAUUCAGUUCCUAAACUAUUUAAGUGUUGGCUCUUACAAAUGUUCAUUGUAAUGUCUGUAAAAAUAAGGUACAAACGGUUAUUGAAAGUUUAAAAAGGAGAUGAUCAUUGCCUAAAUGUGCGAAACAUUACAUGUUUCUGUAUAAGGUAUUGCCAAUUACAGACGCAUUAUAGAUAAACCAACAUUAAGGAAUGACAUGCCUUAUAAACCUUUUUUGAGCAGCGUAGCAGCUCCUCCGUGAUUAUGAACUUAUUGAAAACAUCACGAGCUUUUACCGAAUGAUUAAAAGAAAAUUCUUAUAAAUUUAUAAAUGUCAUUGGUAGUUAAAUGUAAUUAUUUUAAUAUCUAAAAUAAUAGUGUUUAUUAGUUAAGCUUUUUAACAAUAUGCCGCUGACUGUUGUAAGAUAAAUGCUGGACAUUUUACUAGUGUUGUGUAUAAUUCGAAAGAUAUGUCAUCUUACAUUUAACUAUCAAUGGUAAAAAUCCCAACUGGCAUUAAUUAUACUUAUUCGAAUAUUAUUUCCUCAUUACAAUUUUAAUUUCUAAGUGAUUUAUAAUUUUAUCCAUAUCUCGGCUAAUUGUGAUGCUAUUUUUAGAUUAUUUUACGAAUAGACUUUUAAUAAAGACAAAUUUCG